CACAGACGGUUGCAAAAAAAGCCUAGAGGAGGGAGGGAGGGAUUGAAGCUCGACAGUUCCCUUUUCCCUCCGUCGCCCUCUUUUCUCUCCGCUCGGGAUCCCUCCCCCCCCCCUUCCCCUUCGGUUCCCUUUCCCGCCCAGGACUGGCUGAGCUCACUCUCCAGCUGUCGGAGGGGAGAGAGCGGGAGGCGAGGGUCUUUCUCUCCUUUCCUGAUCUUUGAUAUACAUUGGAAACGGGGCAAGUGGGAUUUCUAUAUCUCUGGAAGGUCCAGGGUGGGAGAAAGAACUCUUGUCUGCCAUCCGGAGCUGGAGGAGGGAUGUUGCUUUUGCAGAGCAGUCCCAUCUCUCCUCAUCAGCGGCGCCGGAAACUCUUUUCUGAGCUGGCGGCCUCUCCCACUGCAAUGGCUCUGGAAAGCUGAGCUGAAUUCCUGCUGCUGAGCAUGGAUCCCACCUCGCUGCUUCCGCUGGUCUUGUCUCCUGACCCCCGGGGCUUUAACCAAGGGGCGACCGAACCCAGCGAGCCUGCCUUGGACCCCUGCAGCCUCCUUUCAAACAGGCACUAUGAGGUGGUGCCCUGCAUCAUCUGUGCUCUCUGCUGCAUUUUUGGAGUUGUUUACUGCUGCUUUGGCUACCGUUGUUUCAAGGCCAUCAUGUUCCUCUCAGGGCUGCUCUUUGGUUCAGCCGUGAUCUUCUUGCUCUGCUACAAGGAGCGCAUCUUGGAUACCCAGCUGAGCCUGGAGGUCAGCGCUGGCAUUGCCCUGGGCAUCGGGGUCCUGUGUGGCUUAGUCACGAUGCUGGUGCACUCGGUUGGGUUGUUCCUAACUGGGCUUCUGCUUGGCUUGCUGGUGGCCACCGCUGGGCUGGUGGCCACGGAGCCUUUAUAUGAGCUGCCCAGUGCCUGGGUCCCAGCUGGAUCUCUGCUGGGCUCAGCCCUUUUGGGUGCUGUCUUGGCCUUGCGCUGGCAGAAAGCCCUCACAGUCAUUUCCACAGCCGUGUUUGGGGGCGCAGUGCUGACCCUCUGCUUGGACUAUGCGGUGGAGAACUUGGCUAUGGGGCAGCACAUCUACGACCGCCUCCGCCUGGCUCCUUCUUCCCCGCUCUGCUGGUGCGGCUGGGCCGUGCUGGCCACCUGGCCCGCCCUCGCCUUGAUGGGAAUUCUGCUGCAGUGGAAAGUGACCGCUGAAGGCUUCUCACACACAGACGUGGUCCUGAAUCGGCGCCAGAAGCAGCUACAGCUAUUGCGGAUUCGGCAACGUGAAGCCAAGAAGAGGCAGAGCCAGGGUUCCCAGGAAGGAUCCUACCGACACAAGCCUAGUGCUGUCAAGCGCUGUGCAGGAGAUGUCCUUGCACCAAGUUACAUUCAGAGCCUGCGUGACCGCCAGCAAUUGGGAACGGGCACUUCACUGAGCAAUCUGAAUGCCAACGCUCACACCGCGGUGGAUCUGGAUUACGACUCCAGCUCUACGGUGCCUCUUACCACCCCUCGAGGCUGCCUCUGAAAAGGUUGACGUUGUUGCCAUCUCCUUCCACUUGUGCCUUCAGCAGGGACAUAAUCGGACUCAGUCCACAGUUCUGAAUAUUUUUGCCUUGUACGCAAAUAUCAUUGGCUAGCCUACUAUAGUUUUUCUAAACUCCUUUUUUUAAUGGUCAAAAAAGGUGCUCCAUUUCUCUCCUCCUCUUAACAGACAGGGUUUGAGGCCACCACACAUGACUGAGCUGGCAUAUUGGGAAGGAAGAGAUUUUCGAAAAGUAAUAAUUUAUUUCCAUUUAAGUUAAGGAAGGAUGCCACCUUUCUCUGCAGGGUAUCUGGAGCUGCCUUGCAAACGAUGCUGGGAUUCAGGGCCAUUCUAGAGUAGCCGUCCUUUCCUUUGAAGCACAUUCUGUUGUUGCCACUUUCGUGAGUUUAAAAAAAAAGCCAUAGUUGUGCCCCACUUUUUCAAAUGAAGGGAAAAUUUGUCCCAGUUUGCAGCAGAUCUAGAGUAGUUGGAUACUAUUUUGGAUUCGGUGAGUUACUCAGGGCUAAAACAACUAGAAAGUAACUUGACAUUGUUAACAGGGCUACAAGUUGGUUAUUCCAACCUAUGGUGCUUUUGUGACGUUAUGCCUUUGGAUGUAUGCCAUAUGACACUAGGUUGUGAGAAUGUUCACAGUUAUGCUGCCCUUCCAUGUUACACAUAUAUUGUAAUUGUGUUCUAUGGCAUCCUGGGACUUUAGACAGAGGCACGAGGGAGGCUCCAAAACCCUUGCCCUCAACUACCAAUCCCAGGCUUCCAUAGGAUGAAAGUGUAGUAGUUAAAGUGGAAUCAUAGCAUACAGCUGAGUAGUGUGACAAAGCCCUUUGUUCAUCCUUUUCCGAAGGCAUUUUGACCUGCCUAUGUGAAGAAGGGAGUUGUUCUUCCUACCCUAAUGUAAUUUAAGCUCUAUAACAUUAUUCCUCAAUGCAAGACUUUGCCCCUCAUGCUAUUAUAGUCACCUGUAAGAACUCCUCAACCUAACUCUCUCCAUCUUCUGAUCGUAAAGAUGGGGUGGAAACUGACGCUCCUUCAGAAGAUUUUGGACUUUUCAACUGGCACCAAGCCUGGGCAUCAUGGUUAUUGAUCAGUGAUGACAGGAGUGGCCAUCCAGAGAUACUCGAGGACUGCAAAUUCUCCACCAGUCCGUUGUGUAGACUGUGGUGAUGGAAGUAGCUUAUUGCUUUUUGGCUAAACAGUGGUGUACAUACAAGUAUGGUAGACCCAGUGAACCAGUGGGAACUUGCAACUCUUGCAUGAGUUCAAUUUAUCCAGUGGGUCUAUUCUUGCUGGGACCAAGCAGCUGGAUUCAGGCCACUUGUUAUCAGCACCUGCCCCUUUAAAAGAUAAGGCAACAACUGGUAGCGUUAUGAUUGUUUUGGAUGUAAUAGGUGAUAUUUACUAAUUCUUAAAAUGCUGUUUGUCUGGUUUGAGGCCAUUUUAUAUCUUAAAGUGAAUUUUAAAAACAUACUGAUGUUCGGUUGCUGUGAGUUUUCCAGGCUGUCUGGCCAUGUUCCAGAAGCAUUCUCUCCUGACUUUUCGCCCACAUCUAUGGCAGACAUCCUCAGAGGUUGUGAGCUCUGUUGGAAACUAGGCAAGAGGGGUUUAUAUAUCUGUGGAAUAAUGUCCAGGGUGGGAGAAAAAACUCUUGUCUGUUUGAGGCGAGUGUGAAUGUUGCAACUGAUCACCUUGAUUAGCAUUGAAUAGCCUUGCAGCUUCAAAGCUUGAUUGCUUCCUACCUGGGGGAAUCCUUCGUUGGGAGGUGAUUCCAGGCAAGAAGCAGUCAGGGCCAGGUAAUCACCUCCCAACAAAGGAUUCCCCGAGGGAGGAAGCAGUCAAGCUUUGAAGCUGCAAGGCUAUUCAGUGCUAAUCAAGGUGGCCAAUUGCAACAUUCACACCUGCUUUAAACAGACAAGAGUUCUUUCUCCCACCCUGGACCUUCCACAGAUAUAUAAACCCCACUUGACUAGUUUUCAACAGACUUCACAACCUCUAAGGAUGCCUGCUAUAGAUGUGGGUGAAACGUCAGGACAAAAUGCUUCUGGAAGAUGGCCAUACAGCCUGGAAAACUCACAGCAACCCAGUUAUUCCAGCCAUGAAAGCUUUCGACAACAUACUGAUGUUCCUUUCAAAACAACUUCUUACUUUGGAACUGCUGAACCUGAUAACUAAUUUCUUUAAAAUGAUGUACUAAGUUCCAGAUUUGAGAAGGAUGGCUGCAGCACUCCUAUAGACCUCCUAUGUGAUUUCACAUGCCAAUGGUGUAGGCUAUGAAAUAACACGGGGAGCCCACCCUCCAUUUUGUGGAACUGGUUUCUCUCUUCUGAACCUAUGGCCAGUGAGAAGCUCCCAUUCAUCCUUUUAUGUGACUAUAAUGGUGUUUGGGGUGAUGCCAAAUAGUACCCUAAUUAUCCAGUGUGCCUUCUCUAAGCAAUAUAGAGCCUUACCUGCACCAGUGUGGGUUUCAGUCUUGACAGUGGUACUUUCGAGAACAUGUAGAUAAGGAUGUAAAGCAUUUUUUAAAAAGUACAAGCUGUUUACCUGUAGCAUAACUACCCAAAUGUCAAAUUCUGAACCAUAAUUCUCAAAUUGGUGAGCACAUCUAGACUGGCAUCCUGUUUCAGAAAUCUCUUUGAUGUAGCCGAUUGUUUCCUGUGGAUUGUUUUUGUUACUGUUUUGUAACUCCUGUUUGUAAUACUUAACACAGACGUCUUUUGUGCUUUGUA